AAUAUAGAAUAAUCGGGGAAAGAAGUGCUAAAAUGAAGGACGCGAACAGGACUCCACAUCCAAACGACGAGAGAAGUUCAGCGAACAACUGCAAUGGUCAAAUACGACAGUUUUAUGCUGGCAAGCAUGUAUUACUUACAGGAUGCACCGGUUUUCUGGGCACCGUUGCUGUGGAGAAAAUCUUACGCACGUGUAAAGACAUCAUGGUUAGGCAAAGGAAAGGUAAAUCGGUAGAAGAACGGCUAAAUCAUUUCUUUAAAAAUGACAUAUUUGAUAAAUUGCGCGAAAUGAAUCCUAACUUUAUGGAAAAGACCGAGGUGAUUUACGGCGACUUUGAGAAAGAGGACUUAAGCCUCUCACCAGAGGAUCGUCGUCGUCUCGUGGAGAACGUGAAUAUAAUAAUUCAUAACGCAUCAAUGGUGUAUUUCGUGGCGAAAGUGUCUCGCAUUUUACGAACAAACGUGAUUGCCACGCAAAAGCUGCUCGAACUAGCGAGAGAAUGCCGUCAUUUAAUGGCAUUCGUUUAUGUUUCGACUGCUUAUUCUCAUCAUUACAAUCAAACGAUCGAGGAGAAAUUUUACGUUGACGAAGGGGACGCAGCUGGAGUUACCAAGGAAGUGGUUCAAAGCAUCGUAGACAAGUGGAUCAACAUUUACAGCUUUAGUAAAGCCACUACUGAAGAAUUAGUUCGCGAUUUUGCUAGAAAAACCUCGUUACCCUGUAUCGUCUAUCGGCCUUCAAUA